AAAAAGAAAAAGAAAAAAAAAAAAAGGACUGUCCUGUGUUUGUUUUCUCAGAAAAGUUCCUAUUGUUUUUGUUUUAAAGGCCUCGUUUAUUUUUAAGUGUGUGGGCGCUGCCUCAGCUUCUGUGAAUGAUGUCUGCAAACGUGGAGGCCCAGUGUGCAGGUGUCUUGGAGGAUAAUACCCGUUUUUCAACAACCAGUCAAGGAUAUGUUUUACCAGAAGGAAAAAUCAUGCCAAACACAGUCUUUGUUGGUGGAAUUGAUAUAAGGAUGAAUGAAGCAGAAAUUCGGAGUUUCUUUGAACGAUAUGGUACUGUGAAAGAGGUGAAAAUAAUCACCGACAGAACUGGUGUUUCCAAAGGGUAUGGAUUUGUAUCUUUCCUGGACAACGUGGAUGUUCAAAAAAUAGUAGAAUCACAAAUCAACUUCCAUGGCAAAAAGCUGAAGCUGGGGCCAGCAAUUAGAAAGCAACAAAACCUGUGUUCUUAUGUGCAUCCCAGACCAUUAGUCUUCAAUCCUCCUGUACCACAGUUCCAUAGUGUAUGGGGUAAUCAAAAUACAGAGACGUACAUGCAGCCUCCAGCUGUAAUGAGCCCAGUAACGCAGUAUGUUCAGACGUAUCCAUACAGUUCACCAGCUUUACUGAUACAGCAGCAGGUUCCUGUAGGAUAUCAGCCAGCCUACAACUAUCAGGUUCAACCACAAUGGCUUGCUGGGGAGCAAAGAAAUUAUGUUAUGCCUCCGGUUUAUACUUCAGUAAGCUAUCACUGCACUGAGGAUCCAGAAUUUAUACAGACAGAAUGUGCUGUUCCAGAGCCCGUGCAAUCGUCUACGAACAGUCCACAAAAGAAGUCUGUGGACAGGAGCAUACAAACAGUAGUAUCCUGUCUGUUUAAUCCUGAGAACCGUCUGAGGAACACCUUUGUAUCACAAGAAGACUACUUUAAGGAGAGGAAGGCGCAUCACUUCAGAAAAGGAAGAGCAGUACUCAAAAGUGUUUGAUCAACAAAGACUUGAAAGUAUCUAAAUUCAUUAACUUGAUGUUACUACAGUUCAGUUUAGCAAUAUAUGCAGAAUAACCUUUUUCAGAAAGUUGCUUAAAGUUGAAGUUUGUGUUCCUGUUCUACCUAUUUCAAUGCAGUUGUUUUCGCUUGAGUAGUUUGAAGUUUAAAGUUGUAAGAGUUGACAAACUUCCAGGUUCUAUUAAUCGUUUGCAUGCUUGCCCUGAUAACUAACUGAAAAGUUAAAGAGUUUAUGGGAAAAACACUUUUGGUUUGUUUGGUGCAUGUGGAUUUUCUUCUGAGCUUUAAGGUACAGUUUGCAUGUUACACUUAGUUUUUCUUAAACCACAGUUUAAGUGACUAAUAGUGACCAGUUACCUCUUGCAGUUUAAAAAUGGAAGUAGUUAUUUGCCCAAGAGGUUGUAUUUUAAAACUGAGCUCUUAAUCAGUGGAACAGAAGACGUCAAGUUGUAACUCAACUGAAGCCCUUUAAGUCCUGGUUGUCUUUAGACUACCUAAUCAAUGUGGUUAUGUUCAUUAAUGACAGUUUAUGUACCUGCAGUCUUUUGAGCAUCACUAUUAGUUUUGGGAAAGUAAUUAAGAGAAUCCUAAAAUUCCUGUAUGUAACUUAAGAUGCAAGAAUGUAAUUAGCUGUAUUGGCUACUCAGAGUAUGCUUUUUUUACUUGAAAAAUUUUAGCAAUACCUGUAUGUUAAAAUUGUGAGAAAAUAUUGCAUUUAAAAUAUGCCUUUGUUACGUGAUGCAAACUGUUAAUCAAAGAAUAUCUGUAAGCCUAUUUUAAUAAUUAUGUAGAUUUUAGUCCUGUAUUUUGAAACAAUUAAAAAUAAAUUUUUAUUUUGA